UUUCUGCCAGCUUAACGUAGUUUCAAGUUUCCAUUUAUGAAAGAAUCUAAUUCUGUAACAUUCUUUCUGCUCAGUAAGUUUUCGAACUACGAACUGAACUGAGCACAUUUACGUAAAGUAUAGGCGCCUGAUUUGAGAAGAUCCCUAAACCCGAUUGUCUUUUCGGAGACGCGGCAUCAGUCCGUGUCUGUGCCUACCAGUCCUUAUUCUCGAGCUCACAGUGUUGAUCGAUUGAUUCAGCAUGGGUGCCGAGGGAGGUAAGACGCGUCGCGUUGCUAGCGGCGGCAGCGCUGAUCGCAAGCGACGACGAGCUAAGUACUUGCCUCACAAUCAAAAGAAGGCCGUAAUUUCGCAUGGGCAGCAAGGUUUUUUGGUGACUUGUGUUGGGGGGAAAGAGCGAGCCAGCAUUCAGGAAAUUAGCAACGUUCUUGAUGAGUUUUUUGAUAGGCCGAGCACUCUGCCUCCAUUAGGUCUACCGAUUCGCAUAGAAGCAGAGGAUGCAAGAGGUUUUGAUGAUCGCACUGGCAACAGUGGCACUUCAGAACAUUCAGAAGAAAGUGGAGAUGACGAGAGUGAUGAAAGUGAUGAUGAGGGUGCUAGAAAAGUGUCCAAAUUGGCACCUCCAGCUGUAGCACCAAUCUCCACUGAAGUCAAAAGCAGAAGCGGUGGGAUUGACGAGCUUCUUGCUGCAGAAAUUGAUGAGAUUCGGACCAAGAAAAAGGCACGUUUCUCUGGGUGUGAGACAGGCUGUCACGGUGUAGUUUUUGUACGUAUGUUCAAGGAUGCAGCUGCCCAGCGGAGCCCGAUGGAACUCGCGGAAGCAAUCAUACGAGAUGCAGCUGCUACCAAAAAAUCUAGGACCAGAUAUAGUAUGCGAUUAAUACCUGUAGAGACAACAUGUUAUGCAUCAGCAGCAGAGGUGGCGAAAGCUGCGAAAGCUAUGGUAGCUCGGCAUUUCCCUGUUGGAGAGGGGUACCCUACAUUCAAGUUCGCGGUAGCCAUUGAGGCCCGAGCAAACACUUCAAUAGACAAGAUGGAGCUCAUCAAUGCAGUUGCAAAAAUCGUUCCACAACCUCAUUCUGUUGACCUCAGAAAUCCUCAGAAGACUAUUCUCUUGCAGAUAGUGAAGACCACUUGUGCUUUGGGAAUAGUUCGUGAAUUCAAGGAGCUUGCCAAGUACAACUUACGGAUGCUCACUAAUCCAGAGCUGGAGAAACAACCUAGUAAGGAGCCAAGUUUAAUACCAGGCGGUGCCCCAGUGGAUCCUCUGGUGCGAACAGAUACACCCCGAAUCAACGCCUCCAGUGCAGCAGAUGUCACUUCAGAUAAAUUGGAAGAUAAUCAAGACUCCAAGAAUGAGAAUGACUCGGAAAAUAAACAAGAAUUCAAGAGUGACGAAGGGACAUUGUCUUGAGAUUCCAAUAGAUGACUGAUUUUGGUCUUAUUUUCUGUCUAAAUUAGAAAGCUAUGAAAGAUCAAAGUAUCUUAGUUUUGAGCUAUUUACAUUUUUCACAUCAUUAUUGUUGAUUUCUGGAUUCCUGGUUCAGAAAUGUUCCUCAGGACAUAGUCGUUUUCAUUGAUAAGGUCCAAUCCAUGAAUUAUCUGGAGGUCCCAUCCCGGGACGAUAGGGUGGAUCAUGCUAAUUAAAAAACGUUCCAUAUGAAUCAAGUUGUUCACAGGUCAAUAACACACAUAAAUUUGGAAUA